UGCCUGUCAAUUACUCUCACAUGAUAUCCACACCCUGUUAAAGAUAGUUCUCUCAUUCUACCACAAUAUUAUAGUUUACUCAGAAACAUAGUAUAGCACUUAGGACUUGCGUAGCAACUGAAGCAAACAAUGGCUCAAACCAUGUUGCUCAUGUCCAGUGUCUCAAGUAGCUAUUCUGUGGAUUUGAAGAAAGAUCCUUUGCUCCAUUUGCAGAGUCAGAGAUUAAGGCCUAAAUUCUCUCAGCUCUCAUUCAACCCACUUCCUUCAAACUCUUCCUUGUUUUCAUCUCGCACAUUCACUACUCUGGCUCUCUUCAAAUCAAAGGCCAAAGCCCCUCCUCCCAAGGUUGUGAAGCAAAAGCCAAAAGUUGAAGAUGGUGUGUUUGGCACUUCUGGAGGGAUUGGUUUUACUAAGCAGAAUGAGCUAUUUGUGGGUCGUGUUGCCAUGAUUGGUUUUGCGGCAUCAUUGUUGGGUGAAGCACUUACUGGCAAAGGAAUUCUAGCACAACUGAAUUUGGAAACUGGAAUUCCCAUUUAUGAAGCAGAGCCUCUUCUCCUGUUUUUCAUCCUCUUCACUCUGCUUGGAGCCAUUGGAGCUCUUGGUGACCGUGGUAAGUUUGUUGAUGAUGAAUCUCCUACUGGACUUGACAAGGCUGUUAUUCCUCCAGGGAAAGGCUUGAGAGGAGCUCUUGGUCUCAGUGAAGGAGGUCCUCUAUUUGGUUUCACCAAAUCAAACGAGCUUUUUGUUGGAAGAUUGGCUCAAUUGGGUUUUGCUUUCUCUUUGAUUGGAGAAAUUAUUACUGGGAAGGGAGCUCUAGCACAACUCAACAUUGAGACCGGGAUACCAAUUAAUGAAAUAGAACCCCUAGUGUUGUUCAACGUUGCUUUCUUCUUCAUUGCUGCUUUGAAUCCGGGAACUGGUAAAUUUGUUUCAGAUGACGGGGAAGAUUAGACACUAACCACUUUGUUUAAUUGUACCUUAAGAAUACUUAAAUUUGUUCAUCUAUGAUCAAUGGAUUCAGUUCCUGGUAAAA